CACGCGGGAUUACAGCAAAUAAGUUCACCAUUUCAAGCCGCUAGAUCCCCGUUUCCAUAAAAUUCGAUAUUGGUUUGAGUGUUCAGAUUAUACUCGAAUCUGAUAUGGAGAUUGAAUCUGCACCUAUUUGCAGAUGCUCGAAAGAGAAUGAGAAGAUCUAUCAGGAAUGGUUUUCUCUCGCCGAUUCAGAUUGCGAUGGCCGUAUUACCGGUACAGAUGCAAUCAGAUUUUUCGGCAUGUCCAAUCUCCCUCGUCAAGAUCUCAAGCAGGUCUGGGCACUUGCAGAUUCUAAACGACAGGGGUUUCUUGGCUUUAAAGAAUUUGUCACAGCAAUGCAGAUAGUUUCAGUGGCUCAAGGUGGACAUGAUAUAACCAUUGAUAUUUUGAACGAAGAUUUUGAAAAUGUAAAGCCUCCACUGAUGGAUGGUUUGGAUGAACAAUUAGCUAGGAGAAGGCGAUCAUAUAAAACAAAUGGCUCGGAGACGAAUGUAAACAGUAAUUCUCCCCUUCAGCAGUCUCCAUCAGCCAUUUGGUCCGCUUCGUCAAAAUCUGGAAAGAAGGUGUCAUUAUCCUCAGUCACAUCAAUUAUUGAUGGCUUGAAGAAGCUGUAUUUGCAGAAACUGAAGCCGUUAGAAGUUACAUAUCAGUUCAAUGAUUUUGUUUCUCCUUUGCUGACUAAUAAUGAUUUUGAUGCCAAACCAAUGGUUAUGUUGUUGGGUCAAUACUCCACGGGGAAAACAACUUUUAUUAAACAUUUACUAAAAAGUAGUUAUCCAGGAUCUCAUAUUGGACCAGAGCCUACAACAGAUAGAUUUGUUGUUGUUAUGAAUGGACCCGAUGAAAGAAGCAUACCAGGCAAUACUGUUGCUGUUCAAGCAGACAUGCCAUUUAGUGGUUUGACAACUUUUGGUACUGCUUUUUUGUCAAAAUUUGAGUGCUCCCAAAUGCCUCAUCCGCUACUGGAGCAAGUUACUUUCGUUGAUACUCCUGGAGUUUUAUCUGGAGAAAAGCAACGUACUCAGAGAAGUUAUGAUUUUACUGGCGUCACAUCAUGGUUUGCAGCCAAGUGUGAUCUUAUUUUACUUCUAUUUGAUCCACAUAAACUUGACAUCAGUGAUGAAUUCAAACGCGUGAUUGCGUCUCUACGAGGUCACGAUGACAAGAUACGGGUAGUUUUGAACAAGGCAGAUCAAGUUGACACACAACAACUUAUGAGGGUUUAUGGAGCAUUAAUGUGGUCGCUUGGUAAAGUUCUGAAUACACCGGAGGUUGCGCGUAUUUAUAUUGGCUCUUUCAACGAUAGACCUAUUAACGAGGUUGCUUCAGGUCCAGUCGGGAAAGAGCUGUUUGAGAAAGAGCAAGAUGAUCUUCUACAAGAUAUAAAAGACAUACCUAAAAAAGCCUGUGACCGUCGAAUAAAUGAAUUCGUUAAACGUGCUAGAGCUGCAAAGAUUCAUUCAUAUAUUAUCGGGCAUCUUAGAAAGGAGAUGCCAGCAAUGAUGGGCAAAGCUAAGACCCAACAGCGGCUGAUAGAUAAUCUAGAAGAUGAAUUUGGAAAGGUACAAAGGGAGCAUCAUCUACCGGCUGGUGAUUUCCCGAAUGUGGAACAAUUUAGGGAAACAUUGAGCGGUUAUACUUUUGACAAGUUUGAGAAACUGAAACCGAAGAUGAUACAAUCAGUUGAUGACAUGUUGGGGUAUGACAUUCCUGAACUUAUGAAGAACUUCAGAAACCCCUAUGAAUGAAUGAAUGAUUUGUCAUUGUGUAAUGUGUGAGAAUUUGUGGCGGUUGUAUUUCUUAUGUUAUGUAUGAUUAUCAAACUUUGUAAUAUUGAAUACUAAAUUUAUCUUUCAUGUUGUGGCAUUUUUUAAAUUUAUUCAUGAUCGGUUAGAGUGAGGA